CUCAAAUGUACGCUCACUAUGUAUGCAAAAAGUAAAAGCCUACGCUACAUACCCGCUGGGGAGCCACCCUAGCGGUGAUAUCAGUCUUUACAAAGCAAGCUUGCUCAAGCAUCUCGGAACUUCCGGAGGAGAACCGGAGUAAAAAGGAAGACAAAGAACAUCAAGGACAACCCCAGGGAAUGGAAGGCCAUAUAUAUUCAUCAAUGAGGAACCAGAACAUAUAUCAAGCCGUAUAACUUGACAAGGACCAAAUAAUUGAACGAACGAUAUGCCACCGGCAGUACGAAGUAAAAUCACAGCGGAAGACUUGAAAGACCUACGCGGGAAGGUAGCGAUCGUCACUGGUGGAAACACUGGAAUCGGGUACGCUACAAUCCAGUUUCUUGUUCGACAAGGCGCCAAAGUGUACAUGGGUUCACGGAAUGAAGAUAAGGCUAAAGCAGCUAUCGAUGAGCUGGAAGCCGAGCUUCGGAACUAUACCAAGGCAGAAAAUAAUGGUGGCAGUGUGCACUGGCUUCGACUCGAUUUGUCGGAUCCACGUCUCGUAAAAGAGACAGCACUUGCAUUUCUUCGGAAGGAAGAGCGACUAGAUAUCCUUGCGACAGAUGGUGCACAGAGGUUCAAUAAUGGGAUGCAUCAAUCUAUGGUUGUGAAUCACAUCAGCCAUUUCCUGUUCACUGAGAUACUACUCCCUCUCCUGAAAAGUACUGCAGCUCAGGAUGACUCUGAUGUCAGAAUCGUCAAUGUUACAUCUAUGUAUCACACUCGGGUAAAAGUCGAAUCAUUUGUGGGAAAGAAGAGUUUCAGCAAGGAUUACGGAGACACUCUGAGUGGUCACCUCUACGUGUACGGAGUCUCAAAACUAGCUAACAUCCUGCACAUCAAACACCUGCAAGCCCAACUGAAUUCCGAAUCAGCCAGGAUAACUUGCAUCGCCGUUCAUCCUGGUACCGUACGCACGACCGGUGUCCAAAGGUUUUUUGAUUCUAUACGUUUCUUCGGGUGGUUUCUCCAAAAGGUUGUUGAGCCUAUAUGGUUCGUAUCGUGGACACAAGGCGCAAUGACCUCUGCCUUUGCAGCGGCAGGAAGGGAAGUGGCUGCUGCUAGGGAGAGUACUGAUGAGACCAAAAGAAAGAUGUAUGAGGGAGCGUAUCUGACGCCUGUUGGGAAGAUCACUAAGCCGUCUGAGAAUGCAAUGGAUGAGAGGUUGCGGAAGGAAUUGUAUGAGACGACGAUGGAAGUGUUGAAAGAGAUGGGAUUGUAG